GCAUGCCGAAUCCGACACCCGCUUCGGACACCUCGCAAGUGAUCCAGCCAAUGAGAUUCCUUUGGGAAGGCAGAAGCGAGUCGAGGAUAUCAAACGAUCCGUGAGGCUAAGGAUCGUUGCUUGCGUCUCUGCGUGGACGGCCAGGCAAAUGCAGCGUCUUCCUCCAUUCUGCUUCCAUUGAUGGAAGAUGACCCAUCCUUGCCAGUCCGGGUAGACGCAGCUGGUUGCAUCGGUGCCUUGCUCAGUGCAGCGCGGUCCGGGGGCUACUUACAGGUUGCUGCGGAAAGAGCAACAACGACGCGCCCGUACGCCUUCACCGCCCUCUCCGGACGUGUCGCUGGGCUUAUUGUCACCGUCCGCCUCAGUGUCUCGCGGUGUUUACUGCAGAGCUUGGCAACACAAAAGCCCACAAGGCUCCAUAGUGCGCUACUGGAUCUUGCCAACGUCAUCAUCAACAGGCUCGAUGAUGCAAAGCUGCUACGCAAGCAUAGCGAAGUCCUCAUGCCAGCUCUUACUGCAGUGGCCAAGCAUGGGGACCCUCGCAUCUGUUCGAAAGCGAGCCACUUGUUAAGUGCUCUAAGAGCACGCACAAGCCCUGCCAAGGAAGGAAGACAGGGGGUGAUCACUCCUGUCACAAAUGUCGACCAGCUUUGCGCAGAUGUACAGGACACCAGCAAGUCGGCCCAACAAGUCGAAUGCUGGUCUCUUGCUGUCGCAGCCUGUCACGGCGAAAUUUCCAUUCCUCCACAUGCCAAGAGGUCCCUGUUCGCCGCUACUACUAAAGCUAUUCGCAGCCACCUGGCAGACGUGCGCUUCGGGGCUACAUCCUUUCUAGACGCAGCAGUAAAGGCUUGGCAGCUGCCAGACGACAUGCUCGCUGAAGCCAGUGAGCACGCCAGGACAUUGGCCCUCGACCAGGAUCCGAAGAUACGCUGUCUUUCUGCUUCCAUUGCUUCGAAUGUAAUUCGCAGGAGCAGCAGAGUACACUUAUCAGCCAAAGAAGCUUUGCGCAAAUUGUGCAAAGACGACGCUGCCAGCGUGGCUGCCACUUCUUUCCACGCACUCGGUCAAGCCAUCCAAUCCGCAGUCAAUUGCGAACCCCCAGCGCUUCAUACCUUUCAAGCCUUCGUCGACAUUCUAAAAGAAAAUAUUCAAUGUCUCGGACCCAUGCUAGUCGAGCAAAAAGUUCAGGCCACGUGGGCGAUGGCGACCCUGUGUGAUGCAGCCGCGAAUCAGUUCUCCGACUCAGCGCCUUUUGCCCCCGCGUCUUGGCUCCAAGUCGCAACCGACUUGAUGGCAGACAUUGAAAGCGUACAUACGAACGCUGUCCGAGCUGCAGGUGCUAUCCUUGCUCUGGCCGGGCAUCAGCUAGAGAAGGCGCCUAGCAUUGAAGCUAUUCGAGGCAUAUCUGCUUCCAUGUCGGAUCGCACACCGAAAGCCCAAUGGAACGCGGCGUACGCAUUAGAGCGGGCAUUCGGCAAUCAAGUUCUGAUAAACGCACUGAGCCCAGAGCCAGUCCUCGAACAGGCAGCGGCUGCACUUGCGGGCGAAUUGAGCAGCAUCAACUUCAAAGUAGCAACUGCGUGCGCUAAAGCACUGUCAAGGCUACUGCAAGUGGGCACCCUAGAUCGGGACCAUCUUUCAUUGCUACGCUGCCGUGCUAUUGAGGCCCGCGAACGGUUGGAGGGCGGCAGUACAACAAACGCCUCGAACGACCGACAACUGGUCAUCAGCGCUGCACAGCAAGCGAUCGACGCGCUGUGUACACAGCUCACUUCUUGACGCCGAAUGACACACGAGUAAACGACCAUGUGUUCGACCUUU